AUGGCGGCGCCCGCAGAGCGGCGCGCGGAGAAGCGGGUUCCGCGGUGCAUCAAGUGCCGCGCGGCGGACGCGGCGGCGCUGGUGAAUCAGACGGAGGCGUUGUGCGCGGGCUGUCUGCGCGGCGCGCUGCUGGGGAAGUUCAAGUCGGCCGUGAAUGGCGGCAAGCUCGUCGCGAAGGACGAUCACGUGCUGCUCGCCUUCUCGGGCGGCGCCGCCUCCAGGUGCGCGCUCGACUUUCUCCUCGCCAUACAGUCACCCCUCCUUCACUCACAAGGCGCCGCACCGCUCGGCGCGCAAGGGGCGGCGGCGAGGGGGCGCAUUCCGUUCCGCCUCUCCGUUGCUUACGUGGACGAGCGCGUGGCGGUGGGGAAUGACCUUCUGCCACGUGGCACUGCUGACAGGCUGGCAUGCGAGUUGCGGGAGAUCGUGAGCGACGCUGUGGCGGCGCACAGGGGCGCACGUGACUGCAGCGGGGGCGACUGCGGGGAGGGCGGAGGGCGAGGGGCGGCGAGGGAGGGAGGGGCGGGGUCGGAGAAUGGGGGGGGACACGGAGUGGCAUUCCACGUGGUGCGCCUGGAGAGCGCGCUCGCGGAUGGGGGGAGUGCGCCCGCGGAUGGGGGGAGUGCGCCCGCGGAUGGGGGGAGUGCGCCCGCGGAUGGGGGGGGUGCGCCAAUGGAGGGCGACGGGGGGGAUGGGGAGAGCAGGGCGGAGGGGUUGGCAUCACGGCUGGCGGUGGUGGUGGGGGGGGCGGCGGAGGGCACGGGCAGGGAGGACGUGGUGGGGGCUCUGCGCCUGGAUGCGCUGAUGCUGUUGGCGCAGCGGCUGCGGUGCAGCAAGGUGGUGGUGGGCAGCACGGCCUCUCGCCUCGCAGCCCAUACCAUCGCCGCCACCGCCAAGGCGCAGGGCUUCGCGCUACCAGCGGACCUGGCGGUGUGGGACGCACGGAGGGGAGUGCCGGUGGUGCGGCCGCUGCGCGACUGCUCUCUGCGCGACCUCGCCCUCCUCGCCCACCUCCACUGCCUCCGCACCGCCUUCGCCCCCUCCCUCGCCACGCGUGCCUCCCUGCGGGGGGGCGCAGGGAGCGGGGCCACAGGGGGGGCGGAGAGCAUCAAUGCGCUGGCGGCGUGGUUCCUGGAGGGGCUGCAGAGGGAGAGCAGCGGGCGCCACUGCCGCUGGGGAGUGGUGGGAGCAGGGGAAGCCACGCGGAUGGGAGGAAAAAGGGGAACAGGUGGAGCAGAAAGGGGAAGGGAGAACGGGGAGGGUGGACGGGGGGAGGUGGAGGGAGGGGGAGGGGGAGCAGGUGCGGGUGGAGCAGGGGGGGUGGCAGGGCUGCCAGAGGCGUUUCUGGCGCGGGGCAGGGCGGGCAGUGCGAGCUAUUCUCACUGGCUCAGGCAAUGCGAGAGGAGCAUGAUUGCAGACUGCCUGCUGGAGGGCGACUGA